AUGGCCCAAUCUUCGAGGUUCCACGCAGCUGGCCGCUCUCCACGUGCGGGCGAGCCGUCACCGCCGUUUGCGCAGACCACAGCUGAGUUCAAUCUCGAUAGUGAUCUUGAUCUCAACCUCGACGACGAUGGCCAGGCCUACGAGCUGAAGAGCUUAAGGAGGCCAUCAGAGAGGGAUGACGAAGGAUGGGGUGAUGACGUGCCCUCGCUGCGGAGACGGACGAGCACCAGCACCGUUGCGAGCUUUCAGCUGUACACGCCCGACGAGGAGAGGUCCGUUGUCUGCAAACAUGAUCGCAAGCUGGUGGUCUUUGUAGCGCUGCUAUUCAUGCUCAGUUUCCUGGAUCGGUCGAACUUGGGGUCGGCACGCAUUUCUGGAAUGGAGCAAGACCUCCAGACGAAACCACCGUGGGAUGGAUGGUACGAGUGGACACUGACGGCCUUUUACAUCUCGUACAUUUCCUUCGAGUGGAUGUCGCUGCUGUGGAAGCUCGUCCCAGCCCACAUCUACGCCUCCAUGAUCGUGCUGUCAUGGGGCUUGACCGCCUCACUGCAGUCCGUCUCUGUUUCGUACCCCAUGCUCAUCUUCCUGCGGGUUCUUCUGGGUAUUGGAGAGGCUGGGUUCACGGGUAUACCGUUCUACUUGUCUUUCUUUUUCAAAAGUGAAGAGUUGGCAUUCCGCACCGCAAUCUUUGUUUCCGCCGCACCGUUGGCGAUAACGUUCGCAUCGUCGCUGGCUUGGCUGAUUACCAAGUUCGCAGAAAAUGGGCCCAUUGCCCCUUGGCGUCUGCUCUUCCUCGUGGAGGGCUUCCCCUCCGUCCUCGCGGCCGUCGCUGCAUGGCGCAUCAUUCCCGACAGUCCAGAUACGGCGUGGUAUCUCACCGCGCGCGAGCGGAAAGUCGCUCGCCUCCGUCUUCGAUGUGAUAGCCCGGGUGAGAAGCGCGGGGAUAGAAGCUCCCGUAGCCUCAAGGUUCACGAAGUACUUGCCGUUUUGUGCGACCCCAUGGCAUUACUGACGGCAGCUAUGUUCUUCCUUACCAAUAUGGCGUAUUCCUCAUUACCGGUCUUUCUUCCUCAAAUCGUGAUGGAAAUGGGACACUCUCUUCUGGAGUCGCAAGGGCUCAGCGCCCCGCCUUACCUCCUAGCUUUCUUCGUCGUCCUUGCAACCGCCCACUGGUCGGAUCGGAUGCAGAAUCGGUCGGUUCCCAUUGUACUGCACGCCCUGGCGUCGGCCGGCGGGUAUACCGCGCUCGCAUUCGCAAAGCCCCUGGGCCUGUCACCGCUGAUGCGUUACCUCGCCGUGUAUCCCGCCGCCGUAGGCUUCUUCAAUGUCGUGACGCUCACCGUCGCUUGGAACAUCAACAACCAAGAAUCCGAGAGCAGGCAAGGCGGCGGCUUCGCCCUGAUGCAGACCAUUGGGCAAUGCGGACCACUCGUGGGGACGAGGCUAUACCCAGACAAAGAUGCGCCGUUUUACGCCCCUGGCAUGCUGGCCUGCGCGUCCGCCAUGCUCGCCGUGGCCGUCUUGACGCUAUUCUUGAGAUUCUACCUCGGUUAUCUGAAUCGGAAGAUGGAUGCCGCUGUGGCUGGUGGGGGUGAUGUCGAGGAGGAGGAAGGGCUAGUUGGAUCCGGUGGCCGCGCGAAGCCAGUAAGUGAAGGGUUUAGAUACAUGCUGUAG